AUGAGUGACCUUUCUGUUAUGCCAGUUACAUGUUGGGAAGAGUGGACAGCUAUCUUCCAUACUCUUUUUAAAAAGUAAACCUCCUUAGGAGUAUAUGGAGAGGAUGUUAUUAAUAAAGCAAGCUACAUAAAAGGAUUAGAAUAUUUGUAAGCAGUAUUAAAAAGAGAUAAAUACAAAAAUAACUUAUCUUUAGGAUAUACUGCUGAUUUUUUACAACACUAUUAGUCUAUUGGUGAAGUUUCUUUAACAGUUAUUAAGAAGUUAAGUUAAUCAGAAGAGAGUUAAAUCAUUCGCUAGGUCGGAUUAGAUAUUGUUAGAUUUUCAAGUUAAAUGGCUGAUAUGUGCUAAAAAAAAAAUGUUAAAUCCAUAAAUAAUAUGUUAGGAGAAAUAGGUAUGAAGGAACACGAUUUUAUAUCUGAAGUUCGUCAUGCCUUAACCCACAAGUAGCUUCCAAGUCUCCUUUUAGUGCAGCGCUCAUUAUCAUAUUUGAUAGGGUUCAUAUAUGAAAAAUAUUGGUUGGAUUAAUACAGUCAGCUAGUUAAGAGCGAUUUGAUAGAUAAUGAUUUAGUAUAGAAAUACUUUAAGUUCAUUCUUGGAGGAGAAAAUGCUGCUGCAAAUACUUCACUAGCAGCAAAUACCUCUCGUUAAGUUGUUAAAAGAAUGAGCAACAUAAUUGCUGAUAAUCUUUAAACUUUCCGUCGUAGGUUAAAUGAUAUCUCACUUAUUUUUGUAAAAAAUUAUGAUGGAGAAUAGGAUUUAAUUUAAAUAGAUAAUUUAAAAAAGAAAAAAUUACACUUGGCUUACUUUUUAAGUGAAUUGCUUAAAAUAGCUUUAAAGGUAGCAUUCUACGAAAGCAAUACUGUUUAACGUGAUGAAAAAGACUUAAUCAUAUAAAAAAUUGCUAAAAUAAUUAUUGAUAUCAAUGGAGAUCCAGAAUUCAACAAAUCAUUUUAAAAAAUUAGCUAAAUAAGUUUCCUUAAGUAUAAAUUUAAUAGAAUAGAUCUUUUAAAUGAAAUUUAUACAGAACUAAAACCUCUCAAAUAAGCAAUUGAUAAAAUAUUUGGUCUUUCUGAAGCAGAAGAUAAAAAAUCUAAACAAAAUGGGUCUAUAGUAAGCCAAUCAGACUUCAAUGAUAAAGAGACAGCUCCUAGUUCUGAUUAGUAAUUAAAUCCAACAAGCAGCAUUGAAAUUAAUAAAUUUGGCUCUUUUACACUUAAGAUGGAACACAUUCCUUCUCUUCUUGGUAAAAAGGUGCUUCAAACCAUCUGA